UACAAAAGUGAAAUCACCUCAUCAGGUUUAAGCACAAUUAAAAGCGUUUCACUCCAUACCGGGCUAAGGUUCAUUGCAAUUUCUCCCUUCCAGGGUAAGCACAUGGAAAUUUGCAGAUCUGUUUCCAUCAAUUGCUACCUCAAGUACGAUUUUAUCUGAUUGUGCUGAGGAUGGAAACUUCAGCCUAAAACUCAGUGUCUGAAGGCCAAGGAAAGUUCUGUUCUAGCUGAGGGAAUGAGGAGGUCUCAGAAGUCCUGGAUUGAAGGAGUCUUCGACAAAAGGGAAUGUAUCCAAUUUAUACCCAGCUCAAAAGAUCCUCACAGAUGCACUGCAGAAUGCCAAGUGUGCCAAAAUUUAAUAAGGUGUUAUUGUGGACGAUUGAUUGGAGACCAUCAUGAGUUGCCAUAUCAUUGGGCUGCAUCUUCAACCACCCAAGGCCAAGAAGAAGAAUGGUCUGUGGAAAAACACACAAAGAAAAGUCCUACUGAUACCUUUGGCACUAUUAACUUCCAGGAUGGAGAACAUACCUACCAUGCCAAGUAUAUACGAACAUCUUACGAUACAAAUUUGGAGCAACUGUUACAUCUGAUGUUGAAAGAAUGGAAAAUGGAACUGCCAAAGCUUGUCAUUUCUGUUCACGGGGGCAUUCAGAACUUUGAGCUGCCUUGCAAACUGAAGCAGGUGUUCAGUCAAGGGCUGAUCAAAGCUGCAGUGACAACAGGAGCAUGGAUAAUCACUGAAGGCAUCAACACAGGAAUUUCCAAGCAUGUUGGGGAUGCUCUCAAAGCAUAUUCCUCUCAAAGCCUCAGAAAAAUCUGGACAGUUGGAAUUCCUCCUUGGGGAAUCAUCGAAAAUCAGAGAGAUCUUAUUGGAAAAGAUGUGGUUUGCCUGUAUCAAACUCUGGGCAAUCCUCUCAGCAAGCUGACCACCCUCAACAGCCUACACUCUCAUUUCAUUCUAUCAGAUGAUGGUACUGUGGGAAAACAUGGAAAUGAAAUGAAGCUGAGGAGGAACCUAGAAAAAUACCUUUCCUUGCAAAAAAUACAUUCCCGAAUGGGCCAACGUGUACCAGUGGUGGGUCUGGUGGUAGAAGGAGGUCCUAAUGUAAUCCUCAUGGUGUGGGAGUUUGUCAGAGACAGUUCCCCAGUUCCUGUGGUGGUCUGUGAGGGCACAGGCAGAGCUGCUGAUCUCCUGGCCUUCACUUACAAACACACAGUUGAUGAAGGGGAACUCCGUCCUUUGGUGAAGGAACAGAUCAUUCACAUGAUUCAAAACACUUUCAAUUUUAGCCUUAAACAGUCCAAUCACCUUUUUAAAAUUCUGAUGCAGUGUAUGGAGCAUAAGGAUGCUAUCACCAUAUUUGAUGCUGAGUCAGAGGAGCAGCAUGACCUCGAUUUAGCAAUCCUGACUGCUCUGCUAAAAGGUACAAAUUUGUCAGCCUCAGAACAAUUAAACCUAGCAAUGGCCUGGAACAGAAUGGAUAUUGCUAAGAAGCAGAUUCUAAUUUAUGGACAACACUGGAAGGCUGGGUCUUUGGAACAAGCCAUGAUGGAUGCUUUAGUGAUGGAUCGGGUAGAUUUUGUGAAACUCUUAAUAGAAUAUGGAGUGAACCUGCACCGGUUUCUCACUAUUUCCCGGCUAGAAGAGCUCUACAAUACAAAACAAGGAUCUGUCAAUGUGCUCUUGAAUCAUCUUGUUCGAGAUGUAAAACAGAGCAAUCUUCCUUCAGACUACAGAAUAUCAUUGAUUGAUAUUGGAUUGGUGAUAGAGUACCUUAUUGGUGGAGCAUAUCGGAGCAGUUACACAAGGAAGAAUUUCAGAGCCUUGUAUAAUAACCUCUGCAGAAAACAUAAGAGAGUAAGUUUAUCUCAUCCUUCCCAUCACCAGAUCAGCCAUUCAAGAAGCCUGGGUGGAUCUGCUGAAAACACUUUGCAUUCCCAGUUCAUUAGAACAGCACAACCAUACAAAUUCAAGGACAAGACAGUAGUAGGCCUUCAUAAAUCAAGAAAGAAGUCAAAGGAAGAACAAAAUUUACCAGAGGAUCCAGACUCUACUGGCUUUAUUUACCCAUAUAAUGACUUGCUGGUUUGGGCAGUGUUGAUGAAAAGACAGAAGAUGGCCAUGUUCUUUUGGCAGCAUGGAGAAGAAGCUAUGGUUAAGGCAGUAAUUGCUUGCAAACUGUAUCGUGCAAUGGCACACGAAACUGAGGAGAGCAACAUGCUUGAUGGUACCUCAGAAGAGUUUAAAAAUUACUCAAAAGAGUUUGGUCAGCUUGCUCUGGAUGUACUAGAAAAAGCAUUUAAAAAUAAUGAGAGAAUGGCCAUGAAACUGCUGACCUAUGAACUGAAGAAUUGGAGUAACUCCACCUGCUUGAAACUGGCUGUGUCUGUUGGGUUACGAUCUUUCGUUUCUCAUACUUGUACUCAAAUGUUACUGACUGAUAUGUGGAUGGGACGUCUGAAAAUGGGAAAGAAUGCCUGGUUAAAGGUCAUCAUAAGUAUUCUUUUACCCCCCACCAUACUAACAUUAGAGUUCAAAAGCAAGGCAGAAAUGUCACAUGUUCCCCAGUCACAAGACUCUCAAUUUACAUGGCAUAAUGGUGACCAGAGUUCCAGCAGUAUUAAAGAAAUCCUCUCAGUGAAGAAUUAUGAUUUUGAAAAGGGAUCUGAUGAGAAACCUGAUGAUAGCCACAACUUUGCUUCAUAUCAUGGACCCCAAAGCCUUCCUGGAACCAGAAAAAUUUAUGAAUUCUACAAUGCUCCGAUUGUCAAGUUCUGGUUGUACACGAUGGCAUACUUGACAUUUCUCAUGCUCUUCACAUAUACUGUCUUGGUAGAGAUGCAGCCUCAACCUACAGUGCAAGAGUGGAUUGUUAUUAUCUACAUUUUCACCACUGCCAUUGAGAAAGUCAGGGAGAUAUUUAUUUCAGAACCAGGAAAGUUCAUCCAAAAAGUGAAGGUGUGGAUUAAUGAAUACUGGAACUUAAUAGACACUAUUGCCAUCAGCUUGUUCACAAUUGGUUUUGCCCUUCGAUGGGCUGAUCCCCCUACACAAACAGCUGGAAGGUUAAUUUACUGCAUAGAUACUAUAUUCUGGUAUUCUCGACUCUUGGACUUUCUUGCUGUGAAUCAACAUGCUGGUCCAUAUUUAACCAUGAUUGGGAAGAUGACAGCAAAUAUGUUCUACAUUGUGAUCAUGAUGGCUAUCGUGAUCUUGAGCUUUGGAGUGGCUCGAAAAGCAAUUCUUUCUCCACAUGAGUCUCCAUCUUGGACACUGGCUCGUGAUAUUGUGUUUCAGCCAUACUGGAUGAUGUUUGGAGAGGUGUAUGCUUCAGAGAUAGAUGUUUGUUCAAGUAACCCGGACUGCCCUCCUGGUUCCUUCCUCACUCCAUUCCUUCAAGCUGUCUACCUUUUUGUCCAGUAUAUCAUCAUGGUGAAUUUACUGAUUGCUUUCUUCAACAAUGUUUUCCAUCAAAUGAAGGCCAUUUCCAAUAAACUCUGGAAAUAUAAUCGCUACCGUUACAUCAUGACUUAUCAUGAGAAGCCAUGGCUGCCUCCACCGUUCAUCUUACUGAGUCAUAUAUUCCUCCUAUUCCGUUGCUUCUGUCAUUACCAGGCACCAAAUGAACUGGACCAAGAAGAGGGUGAUGUUGGAUUGAAACUCUACCUGAGUGAUGAGGAACUUAAGAAGCUCCAUGGUUUUGAGGAACAGUGUGUAAAAGAAUACUUCCAUGAGAAGAUGGAGAACCUGAAUUCCAGUUGUGGGGAGAGGAUACGAGUGACCUCUGAAAGGGUUUCAGAUAUGUUCUUCCAACUAAAAGAAGUGAAUGAGAGAGUGUCCUACAUAAAGGAGUCCUUGCUUUCUCUGGACAGCCAUGUGGGACACCUGCAAGAUCUCUCUGCCCUAACAUUGGAUACAUUGAAAGUACUUUCAGCUGUUGACACCCUGCAACUAGAAGAAGCCUUUUUGGCCAGCUCAGAGCACUCUGUUGGUAGAAAACUCCCCCACAGCUGGAGCAAUGUCAUCUGCACAGAGAUGCUGAGCAGCUUGGAAAAAUCUGGGGGAGUCAAGUGCCAGUACUAUAGCAUGCCCCCAUCCUUGCUUCAGAGCCGGGUGAGAAGCCAGAAUCUUUCUGGAAGGCAGAAGAGCUCCCUUUUAGAGAUUAUGAACAGCCAAGAAGAGAACCAGGAAAAGAAAGGAACAUCAAGUGGUCCAGUUACAGUGUUCUUUAACAGCAAAUUGCCUCCAAAGCUUAGUCAGUUACUCCUUAUUUCUUCUAGUCCAACAGAGAUUUCUCCUUUGGCAAAAGAUGACAUGUCUCUAUCUCCUACAAAACCUGCAGCUGGGCCCAAGUUAGGCUGGUUGGCAACAGAGCAACAACAGACCAGACAGGAAAAUUGUUCUCUUUGUCUGAAUUGUCAGACAUCAGCUGCUGCUGACAAAGAGUCAGUUGAAGACUCUGCCUUGCCUAAACCUGCAAGAGAGAACAAUGGAGAUCUCCUUGUGCCCACUACCAAUUCUUCCCCUUUGUCAGUAAAAAUGACUUCACUUCCUUUCCACCCAGACAGUCUGAGAGCAGGAGGUGGCUAUGUGAACUUGGCAUUUUCAGAAGGGGAUGAUGAAACUGGAGUGUUCAGCUCAAAGAAAAAAUGGCAUUCACAGUUACCUUCCAGUUGUAACUUGGCUUGUUCAGACUCUGAUCCCUGCCAAGUCCAGUUGGGGAGAAGCAAAUCCUUUAAUUCUAACUCAACAAGGUCACUCCAAUGCAGUAACAUUUCAAAGUUAGGGUCAUGGCUCCAGCCAAGCACAAACAUUUGGAUCAAUCCCCUUCGUAAAGAUUGGACCUUUCUCCACAAUGGCAGCUUUAGAUCUUACAAGGAGGAAAGACUGAUGAAGACCUGCAAAAAUAAAGAUUGUUCAAGAUCCUCAGAGAAGUGCCAGUCAGUGUGGACCAAAGCAAAAUUUGGUAGUAAAGAAAGGAAAUUGUUAAAAGAAAAAAAGAAACUACAACAAUUUCAAGUUCCGGUGAUUACAGUGAACAGCUGCUUUCCAAACACACAGAUGAAUUCAGAACCAGCAGAGAAAACUUUUUCUGGGGAAGAAAAGGAGGACAAUAAAAACUGGCUUACCGUCUCUGAAUUUAGUCAGAUAAAACCACAUAUAUCCCAGAAAAUGAAAUCUCAGGAAACUGGAAGACAUUCCAUAUGCAUCAGUGAUAAUCUGAAGCAACCCCAUGAGGAUUUGAACAAAAAUUCUCAUUGGACCUCUAUGAAGACCAGUCAGAAUCAGAACUCAGUGUCAAGAAGUUUAGAAGGAAUUGACAAGGCCUCAGCCUAUUUAAAAACUACUCACGAUCUGCACCAUCAUUAUUCAGCUGUUGAAAGGAACAAUUUAAUGAGGCUUUCUCAGACCAUACCAUUUACCCCAAUACACCAAUUCGCUGGAGAAGAAGUGACCAUCUAUAAGCUAGAAGAGAGUUCUCCUUUGAGCCUUGAUAAAAGCAUGUCCUCCUGGUCCCAACGUGGAACAGCUGCAAUAAUCCAGGUCUUAUCCCGGGAAGAAAUGGAUGGAGGACUCCGGAAAGCCAUGAAAGUGGUCAGCACAUGGUCUGAAGAUGAUGUGAUCAAGCCAGGGCAAGUUUUCAUUGUCAAGUCCUUUCUCCCUGAGGUGGUGCAGACCUGGCACAAAAUAUUCCGAGAACAUACUGUACUACAUCUUUGUCUCAGAGAAAUCCAACAACAAAGAGCUGCUCAAAAGCUGAUCUAUACCUUCAACCAAUUGAAACCACAUACUAUUCCUUAUGCACCAAGGUUCCUGGACGUCUUUUUAAUAUAUUGCCAUUCUGCCAAUCAGUGGUUGACCAUAGAGAAAUACAUGACUGGUGAAUUCCGCAAGUACAACAACAACAAUGGAGAUGAAAUCUCUCCCAGCAACACCUUGGAGGAGCUGAUGUUGGCUUUUUCUCACUGGACCUAUGAAUAUACCCGAGGAGAGCUACUUGUUCUGGAUUUGCAAGGUGUUGGAGAAAAUCUGACAGAUCCAUCUGUUAUUAAACCUGAAGACAAACAAUCAAGAGGGAUGGUGUUUGGACCAGCAAAUUUAGGAGAAGAUGCAAUUAGAAACUUCAUUGCAAAGCAUCGUUGCAAUUCGUGUUGUAGGAAGCUCAAACUCCCGGAUCUGAAAAGGAAUGACUACAGUCCUGGGAGGAUCAAUUCUACUUUUCAACUUCAAAGAAAAAUAGAACCAGCCAAAGGAUCUGUGACAGAAGAGAGUGUUGGUGACCCCAGAGAAGAUCUCACACGCUUAUAAUGGAGAAUGGAGAAAAGGAUUCCUGCUCAUCCUCUGAAUUCUUGUACAAGCUCAAUGUUGGGCAGUUUUGACACUUGUGUAUAUUCUAUUGCACACUCUAGGGCUGAUUGUAGGACUCAGCUUUUCAGAUGAACAUUGCUAUUCUGCCAACAACCCAGUGGGUUCUUGAAAUAUGGGCUCCUAUAGUUCUUCACCCUCUGUAUUAAUAUUUUUCAUAUAUUCUUAGUUCUGAUGUCUGUGCGAAGACAAUUAGAAAUCAUGUUGGCAUGUAUUUCAUUGCAUUUUUGUCUUGCCACUAAACUUUAGUGGCUGAAAAGAGAGAGUGAAGCCUAAGAUUUUGUGCAACUCUGCCUUUACUUGGAUCCAGUUUAUGCACAAGUCAAAGACAUCACCAGUGAUGUCAUUUUGGUCCUUUUCUGAGUAUGAAGGACAACAACCAACCAACCAUGUAUACCUCUGUUCCUCUAUUGGUCACUUAGGGCUUUUAGAAGUUAAACAAUGGGUAGUCAAGAACCAAUGGGAUUCAUUUAGUUAAUUUUUCUUAAGUAAAUGUUCUCUAUGCUGCCUCUCAUCAUCACAAACAACUAUAGUAUUUAUUUAUAUAUGUACAGAAUGCACUUCUAUAGUCACUAACUCCUCCCUCUUCUGUAGAACACAGAGAGAGAGAGAGAGAGAGAGAGAGAGAGAGAGAGAGAGAGAGAGAGAGAGAGAGGAGAGAGUCUGUGUGUGUGUGUGUGUGUGUGUAUGAGCACUGACAAAGGGGAAAUGGAGAGGAAACUGGAGUACCAUUUGCAUAGAUUGUAGGACAUCACUGAUGCACAGACUGAUUAGAAAUUUAGAGCCCUGUUGAAACCUGGUGUUGUCACUGCACUGCACGAUACCAGAAAAUUUCAGGUUUCUCAGGAAACAAGGAGAAGGUAAAUGGAAAACCAAUUCUUUUGUGUCUCAUUCCAAGUACAAAAAUAAACUGAACUGGAGGAUACCACAGUUGUUUUUUGCUUGUCUAAGUUCAGGGUGGAAUGUCAAAUAGAUAAAGGAGGGUUUACUAGAUUGUUUGCCAAAACAUUCAUUCCUUUUCUGGUUUCUAGUGCCACACAUGUAGUGUCUUUGUGGGGAAAAUAACUAUGUGUUCAGUCCAAGGGAUAAAGAUAUGAUUUCUAGUUUAAAAACAGUAAAACAACAUGGUAUCAAAGAGAAGACUGUUUAUAUUUUUAAAGUACAACUGGAGAACAUGUGAUCAUGAAGACAAAUGCACUAAGGCACAAAGGAAAAAAAAAUUCUGAAGGUCAGGAGAUUUGCUUACACUCUCUAGGCCAGAUUUCUUUGGAUGUGCUUUCUCAGAACAAACUGUAUAUGUAGAUGGGAGAUGCUUAGCUUGGGAGUGGUACUGCAGAAAGGACACUGCUUCUGAAGUCAGAGGACGUUGUGGUGGUGAUUGUACUUGUUCAGUCUUUUCCAUUUGGGUCCAACUCUCUGUGAUCUCGUUUGGGGUUUUCUUGGCAAAUGAAUAGAGUGGUUUUCCAUUUCCUUCUCUGGCUCAUUUUAUAGAUGAGGACACCGAGGCAAAUAGUUUGAAAUGACUUGUCCAAAGUCACAGAGCUACUGUCUAAAUCUAGAUUUGAUUCAUAUCUUGUGUUUGGUGCAACCUGUGCACCCUUUGGAAAGUUACUAAGACCUCCCUGUGCCUUGGUUUCCUCAUUUAUAAAAUAAGAUCAGACUACAUGGCCUCUAGAGUCCUCUCCCACUCUUUAUCUAUGAUCCUAAAGAUAGAAUAUCAUUGGAAUCUGCCUCCUUUUAAAAUGCUGUAGUUCAGUGACCAUGAAUCUCUUGGACUUGGAAAAUUCAAGAUCAUCUUUAUCCUCAGUCCUUAGUUUAGCUAAUUUGCUCUGGAACACAUUUUCAAUGCUCAAUCCUGCCAGUAUGGCCAAUUGCUGGGACAGAGAGCUAGACCCGUAGUCCAGAAGACUUUGGAGUCAGGAAGACAGGUUUUAAAUUCCUUCUCUGAUAAUAACUGGCUGGGUGACUCUGGACAAAUCACUUAACCUCCUUGGGUCUUGGUUUCCUUAUCUGUAAAAUGGGUAGGAUAGAUCUCAACCUUCAGGGUUCUAAAUCUAUGAUCCAAUGAAUUCUUACUCUGGAAGAUUGAGGAUGCCAUGCAUAUGGAGAUGUUUGCUACUGAUACUAUUCAGGAUGCUGUUGUAUGAGUGGCAAGAAUGGCAUUUUUCCCUCUAAGCCUUUUAGUUGGUCACAGAUGGCAUUUUAUUUGAUUUUGGAAUAAUGGUUAAGGAGGGUAGUCAGGCAGCAGAGAGAGGAACUCUACCAAAAUGUUCAUAUAUGUUUAGGGAAUAUAUGUUUAACUAGUUUUGAAAAAUCUAUAAAGGGUCUGUCUGGCAAACUAGAAAUAUAAACUUCAUGGUAAAAUGUUUGUUACAUAGAUGAUGAAAAUUAAAGAUAAAUACACACUAGUUCUAAACUUUUGUACUCUUGUUGCUGGUUUUUUCAAAAAUUUAAACCUACAGUCAGUAGCAUUAGAUUUUUUAAAAAAGGUAAACUGUAAGAAGAAAAUAAUUAUAGGGAUGGCAAAUAUGCAAUUAUCUAAAUCUCAGGGACAACUAUUUUGGGAUUAUCUAGGAUUGAUUAACAUUGGCAAAUUAAGUGACCUGUCUGCCUGUCACUUCUAUCAUUAAAUAACAUUUUCCUCCCUAAAGGCUAUGAAACCCUUUUAGGUCUUGACUUAAAUCAAUAGUUCUUGAUGUCAGUCAUGUUGGCCAAAUGCUGACCUCUGAGAAUUCAUUCAGCUGGAAUGAAUUCUUGAAGAUAGGAUGAUUAUUCCUUUUCAAACAAUCUGCCCAAAGGACUUGCCAAAUUUUUGGCCUUAGGGGCAUGCAUUCCUUGCUCUGUCUUUCUGUUGAGCUAGAUGAUGGACUGUUGGAGGAGGAGAAUUUUUAUCACAUGGAUGUCCAUAUUUGCUUACAAUUGGUCUAAGUGAUCUUUAAUCAAUCUCAAGAAACUUGAAGGUGACUAUUAAACCCAAUAAAUUGGGACUAUAUCAUACAUAUAUAAUAUGUAUCAUAUGUAUAGUAUUACUACUACAUAACAAAGUGUUUAAGGGAAAGAUGGAUUGCUUUGAAAUUGGGAAGACUUGGGUUCAAGUCUCAACUCUCACAUAUUGCCUCCUUGACCCUGAAUAAGGCACCAAACCUAGGAAUUGUGAAACUGAUCUACCUUGGGAAAGGGAAUUUUCUCUAUAAGAAUUCCAUAAACCAAUGAAAUCAUAGGCCUGGAAUGAAAAUAAAAACAAAAAAUCUAAUUAGAAAAAUAGUGUAGUAGGUAGAAUAUUAAUUAUGAAAUCAGGAAGACAUGAGCUCAAAUCUUUCCUCUGUCAUUUACUAGAUAGAUAUUUGACCACAGAUGAGUUAUCUUUUUUAAAAAAUUGAUCCUCAGAUUACUUUCUUUAAAAACAAUUAUAUUUUCAUUAAAUUUUGUUUUUAUAUCACAUUCAUUUUCAAAUGUAGCUCUUUAUUCUCUAUGAAUUGAGCUACUCUUGCAGCAAAGAUUUAAAAAGAAAAAUAAACUCUAGCAAAACUAAUGAACACAUUAGCUUUGUCUGGCAGUAUAUUUCAAGUUUCACAUACAAUGUCCCUCAUCUCUGUAAGGAAGGGAGAGAGGUACAUUUUUUCAGCUCUACCCUGGGGGCCUCAGUCUCUUAUCUAAGACAAUCCAUUAAAAUAUAGACAUUAUGGUCUAUAUUGGUAGAGAGUUACCACAUUGAUAUAUCUAAUGAAUAAAAUUGGGGUUAGUAUUCUUGAAAUAAAAGAUUUAUCUGAUUACCAAUUCUUUGAAAUGCAUCUAGUCCAUUGCUCUGUAUUUUUAUUUUUUAGGACAUGACCUUUUAUAGACUAUACACAUACAUUCACACAAACAUGUUUCUGACCCUUGCCUUCUGUCUUAGUAUCAGUUCUAAGAUAGUAGAGCAGCAGGGGCUAGACAACUGGGGCUAACUGACUUGUUCAGUGUUGUAAAAAUUAAAAUUACUCUCAAAUAAAAAUAUCAUAUUUUUGGAUAUUUAUUAAAUGAUCAUUAGAAAUCAAGGAAUAAAGAAGAUACAAAAUAAAGACCACCUGCCCAUGGCUGAUUCACUCAUUUAAAAUCCUCACACUUAGCUUACCACCACCACCCUGCUGGCUGCAAGCCCAAGAAAGAGACCCAAGAGGACUGCCCACUCACUAAUAUCCUCUGUGUACAGGAAGUACAUAAUGACAGGAAGUCAGUGGGCUCCGGGGAAAUGUAGUUCUUUUUUAGGGUAACAGAUUUUCAAUUAUACAUACCCCCUUGAGAUCUGUGGGAGACUAGUCUCUCCAAUGGAUCUUGUAAACAUAACCAACUUUGAAAUUACAAUAAUUUGGGGAUAAAAGGAAAAGAGAACAAAACCAAUGAUUGCUAGGCACAUUGAGAAAAAGUCAGUUAGGGUGCAGUCCCCUUCAUCAUAAGAGCAUACAUACAAAACAAAUGCAUUUGACCCCACACAGUUCAGAACACCACAUCCCAAAGUUCACUCUGGAUCUUUUGGUGCAGUGUGUGGUCUGUGGAGGCAUCUUCAUGGUGCCUUCUCCAAACAGUUCACUUUCUGGAUUUGGAGAGGUGGCAUGUUUCUUAUCCCAAAAUUACUCUCAAAAAGAAUUUAAACUUUGCCUUUUAGAAUAAUUAUACAGUGUCACACAGCUAGGAAAUGUCUGAGGCCAGAUAAGAACCCAGAUCUUCCAGUUCUAUGUUCAGUCUCCUAGGCACAAUAUCUUGAGAAGCAGUAUGGAUUAGUAGAUAGAAACUGACCUUGAAUGCAAGAACACCAGGGGGGUCAUGUCUGAUCUGACCUUGGGCAAGUCACUUAAGAUUUAAGUGCUCCCUAUCAGUGGUGUCAGACAAAAACAGAAACAAGGCUACUAAAGCAUAAUAAAAAUCCCUCCAAGCAUGUAUCCUCUCAGGGAAUCACAUAUUUAUGUGAUCUAUGUUUUAUUGCAUUUUUAUUUAUUUUGUUAAAUUUUUCCUAAUGAAAUUUAUGUUUGACACCUGCUCUAAAUAAACAUCAUUUUUUUUCUUAAUGACAUCAUAUUUGACGCCUUUAUUCUAAACAAUUUCUUACAAUUAUAGGUUGAAGAAAAAGCUGGUCAUUUCUCUGUUUGGAGGUUGGGGUUUCCUAUAGUAAUGAAUUCACUGGCCCAUUUCCUUUCCCUCUGUCUUAAGAACCAAACUCUCAGCUAGUCCUUAUUCUCCUUAUUCACUGUGGCAUUGAUAAUGCCACACCACAGUUUUUCUACUCUCCCCAGUCUUAAAAUAAAAUGUUAAUUCCCCAGAAGACCUCUAGAAAUCAUCACUUUAUUCCUCUGAAAAAGAAGAUAGAUUGAAAAGUCAUUUGAAAGAUGGGCUGUUAUCAAGAUAUGGCACUAUUUUUUUUGACUUGCAUCUCUCCAAAGUAUGAGAAAGGCAGAAUUAUUCUCAGAGGUUGGGAUUUGAAGGCUGUAUGUUUACCUCUUUGAAGUCUUGGUAUUUAAUUUUCUGUAGUCAUUUCUUGGGCAAUUUUCUAAGAAACUCGUUGAAGCUAAUUUAUCAUAAGUUAAAGUCAAAUGACAGAAAGGAUUCCCCCCCCUUCCCUCUUAACAACAUUCUAUUCCACUGAGGUUAGCUUCUGAAGAAAAAUGAGACUUAAAGAGUAUUUCAGAUCUCUUGCAACAUGGGUGGGUGCAUUGAAUAGAAAGGGAUCUGGAAACCACGCUGAUUUAGUCUUUGACAUAUAGGAAAUUAUCAUGUGAUCUUUCUUCAGAGACUCUGAUGAGCUGAUAGAACUUUGCAUUUUUAUGAUGUGAAAAGCUUUCCUUGAAAAUAAUUAGAUAAAUUCCUUAAUAUUUCAAGGAGGACUAGUUUCAUACUUAAAGCAAUGGAAGUUAGAAGCCUUGGUCUCUCCUCCUACUUCUUUCUCAGUCUUUUGGGUAUAAUUGUAUAAUUCACUUAACCUUUCUGUUUCUUCCAACUGUGAAAUGUAGAAAAUGAUAUUCCUUCAAAUGAAGGUGAGGAAUAAUGAAAUCACAGUUUCAAAAAUUCUUUGAACCUAAUUUUAAAGGCAUGUCUCAAGCAUAAUAUGCAGAUCAAUAAAUAAUAAAGAAUUUUUAUGUUUUGAUAUUUUAUUAUUUAUUAAUAAUAUUCUGGUUAAAUGUAAACUUUUUGAGACUGGAGAAUGUUCCAUUUUUGUUUUUGUAUCUUCAGUGUCUAUUGUAGUACCUAACAUAUAGUAGCACUUAAAUAUUUUUUUAAUUGAUUGGAUGUUUAUAGGAGUUCUGUGUGUGUUUUCCUCUUGGAUUUUCUAAGUAUGACAGGAUACAAAUCCCAGAUACUGACCCCUUCAGAUGAUAUGAGAAUCUAGAAGGUCUUGCUUUACUGCAUUAAUGUGCUGUUAGUCUUCAGUUGGACCAUUUUGGUGUAUCAAAAAAAAUUCUUGGGAUGUUAUAAUACAUAAUAUUCUUCACACUUCUUCAUGUGUUUUUAACUGGAAGGACUGACGGUGGUAAUUGUGGUAGAGACACGAGGAAGAAUAGAUGAAUAUGGGUGUUCAGUAUGGUUCAGAAGAGAACGUAUAUUGAGUAGAUGGCUUGGUUGUAGUUCAGUGAAUGCCUGAGUAAGGUUGCAGGUCUGUGAGUCUGAAAAAAGUUCCAGGGCAAAAUAUUUGAGUUAUGACAGAGAACUGCUAGAAUGUUUUUGUUGGGGUAAUGGAUGACACCUGGAUUUUUUUUUUUUUAAUUAAAUGACCAAAGCCAAAGUGAGGCAGUACUAUUAAGUCUAUAAGCCUAGAAAAGAGAGAGGAAAAAUAAUAGGUAGAUACAGGAUUCUCACAACUUUUAAUUUACAUCUGCAUUAGACACUAAGCAAGAAAUAGCAUGGCAUAUUGUAUAAAAAGAGUUCUGGAUUUGCAGUUAGAAGAUAGAAGCUCGAAUAUGAAUUCUGCUUACACUUUUGUGUCCUUGAUCAUCUUUAAAAAAUCUUUUUAAAAUGUCCAAUAUGUAAAUAUGUUUUGCAUGAUUGCAUGUUUGUAACCUAGAUUAAAUUGUUUACCAUCUCAGAGAGGGGAAAGAGGAGAAGAGUGGAGGGAGAUAAUUUGGGGCUUAAAAUUAUAGAAAAGGAAUAAUAAAAAUUAUUUUUACAUCCAAUUGGGAAAAAUAAAAUAUUAUAUUUAAAUAUU